AUGGCCGAUCCUGGGAACAGAAGAGGGAUCUACCGCCCCUUGACCCUUACCUGCGCCCUGAUCAUUGUGGGAAUGUGCUGUGUCUCUCCUUUCUUCUGUCAUAGCCAGACAGACGUGCUGGCUCUUAACCAAGCUGAUCCUCAGUGCUGGGAAUCUUCUUCAGUGCUUCUCCUGGAAAUGUGGAAGCCUCGAAUUUCUAACACUGUUUCAGGUUUCUGGGAUUUUAUGAUCUACCUGAAGUCAUCUGAGAACUUGAAGCAUGGAGCACUGUUUUGGGAUCUGGCCCAACUCUUCUGGGACAUCUAUGUGGACUGUGUCCUCUCCAGGAACCAUGGCUUAGGAAGGAGGCAAUUGGCUGGGAAGGAAGAAAAGAUUUCAGCAGUGCAUCCACAGCACACAGGGAGAAAACAAGGUGCAUAUUCUCAGCAACUAAGAACACCUUUCCUAAAGAAGAAAGAGUUGAUUGAAGGUUUGAUAAGCAUGCGCUUGCACAAGAGUGGGUCUAAGUUCAUUGGAAAAGUGACCAGUGGCCUGGAAAUAAAGAGAAAAUAA